UUUCCUUCCGUUAAUUUUAGAAUGAGAGCGCUAGCUGUCCUGGCUGUCACGCUGGUUAUGGCCUGCACAAAAGCCUUCUUCCCUUUCAUCUCGAGAGGCAAAGAACUCCUUUGGGGAAAGCCUGAGGAGUCUCAGGUCGCCAGCGUCUUGGAGGAAAGCAAGCGCCUGGUGGACACUGCCAUGUACGCCACGAUGCAGAGAAACCUCAAAAAAAGAGAAAUCCUUUCCCCACAUCAGCUUCUGUCUUUUUCCAAACUUCCUGAGCCAACUAGCGGAGAGAUUGCUCGAGCAGCAGAGAUAAUGGAAACAUCAAUACAAGCGAUGAAAAGAAAAGUCAACCUGAAAAUUCAACAAUCACAGCAUCCAACCGAUGCUUUAUCAGAAGAUCUGCUGAGCAUCAUUGCAAACAUGUCUGGAUGUCUCCCUUACAUGCUGCCCCCGAAAUGCCCAAACACGUGCCUGGCGAACAAAUACAGGCUCAUCACAGGAGCUUGCAACAACAGAGACCACCCCAGAUGGGGUGCCUCUAACACAGCCCUGGCACGAUGGCUCCCUCCAGUCUACGAGGACGGCUUCAGUCAGCCCCGAGGCUGGAACCCCGGCUUCUUGCACAACGGGUUCCCACUGCCCCCGGUCCGGGAGGUGACACGACAUGUCAUUCAAGUUUCAAAUGAGGUUGUCACAGAUGAUGACCGCUAUUCUGACCUCCUGAUGGCAUGGGGACAAUACAUCGACCAUGACAUCGCGUUCACACCGCAGAGCACCAGCAAAGCUGCCUUUGCGGGAGGGGCUGACUGCCAGGUGACUUGUGAGAACCAAAACCCGUGUUUUCCCAUACAACUCCCGGAGGAGGCCCGGCCGGCCGCGGGCACCGCCUGUCUGCCCUUCUACCGCUCUUCGGCCACCUGUGGCACCGGGGACCAAGGCGCGCUCUUCGGGAACCUGUCCACCGCCAACCCGCGGCAGCAGAUGAACGGGCUGACCUCGUUCCUGGACGCGUCCACCGUGUACGGCAGCUCCCCGGCCCUGGAGAGGCAGCUGCGGAACUGGACCAGCGCCGAGGGGCUGCUCCGCGUCCACGCGCGCCUCCGGGACUCCGGCCGCGCCUACCUGCCCUUCGCGCCGCCACGCGCGCCCGCGGCCUGUGCGUCUGAGCCCGGCAUCCCCGGAGAGACCCGCGGGCCCUGCUUCCUGGCCGGGGACGGCCGCGCCAGCGAGGUCCCCUCCCUGACGGCGCUGCACACGCUGUGGCUGCGGGAGCACAACCGCCUGGCCGCGGCGCUCAAGGCCCUCAACGCGCACUGGAGCGCGGACACCACGUACCAGGAGGCGCGCAAGGUCGUGGGCGCCCUGCACCAGAUCAUCACCCUGAGGGAUUACGUCCCCAGCAUCCUGGGACCCGAGGCCUUCCAGCAGUACGUGGGCCCCUAUGAAGGCUACGACUCCACCGCCAAUCCCACUGUGUCCAACGUGUUCUCCACGGCCGCCUUCCGCUUCGGCCAUGCCACGAUCCACCCGCUGGUGAGAAGGCUGGACACUGGCUUCCAGGAGCACCCCGACCUGCCCGGGCUGUGGCUGCAUGAGGCCUUCUUCAGCCCAUGGACGCUCCUCCAUGGAGGUGGUUUGGACCCACUAAUACGAGGCCUUCUUGCAAGACCAGCCAAACUGCAGGUGCAGGAUCAGCUGAUGAACGAGGAACUGACGGAAAGGCUGUUUGUGCUGUCCAAUUCCAGCACCUUGGAUCUAGCGUCCAUCAACCUGCAGAGGGGCCGGGACCAUGGGCUGCCAGGUUACAAUGAGUGGAGGGAGUUCUGUGGCCUGCCUCGCCUGGAGAGCCCCGCUGACCUGAGCACAGCCAUCGCCAGCAGGAGCGUGGCCGACAAGAUCCUGGACUUGUACAAGCAUCCUGACAACAUCGACGUGUGGCUGGGAGGCUUAGCUGAAAACUUCCUCCCCAGGGCUCGGACAGGCCCCCUGUUUGCCUGUCUCAUUGGGAAGCAGAUGAAGGCUCUGCGGGACGGAGACUGGUUUUGGUGGGAGAACAGCCACGUCUUCACGGACGCGCAGAGGCAUGAGCUGGAGAAGCAUUCCCUGUCUCGGGUCAUCUGUGACAACACCGGCCUCACCAGGGUGCCCGUGGACGCCUUCCAAGUCGGAAAAUUCCCCGAAGACUUUGAGUCUUGUGACAGCAUCCCCGGCCUGAACCUGGAGGCCUGGAGGGAGACCUUUCCUCAAGACGACAAGUGUGGCUUCCCAGAAAGCGUGGAGAAUGGGGACUUCGUGCACUGUGAGGAGUCUGGGAGGCGUGUGCUGGUGUAUUCCUGCCGGCACGGGUAUGAGCUCCAAGGCCACGAGCAACUCACUUGCACCCAGGAAGGAUGGGAUUUCCAGCCUCCCCUCUGCAAAGAUGUGAACGAGUGUGCAGACGGUACCCACCCCCCCUGCCACGCCUCUGCAAGGUGCAGAAACACCAAGGGCGGCUUCCAGUGCCUCUGCGCGGACCCCUACGAGUUAGGAGACGAUGGGAGAACCUGCGUAGACUCCGGGAGGCUCCCUCGGGCGACUUGGGUCUCCAUCUCGCUGGCUGCUCUGCUGAUGGGAGGCUUGGCAGGUCUCACCUCGACGGUAAUUUGCAGGUGGAGAGUGCCGGGAUGGAAGGCCGGGAUGCUCACAGGCUGCCGAGAGCCCUCUGAGGGCAAACUGGCAGGACACUGAUCCUGCAGAACAGCUUCGUGUUCUCAAAAUCACUGUAUGAUUGUUUUCCAAACAUAGGCAAAUCUAGCACCAUGUUGUAAUUACUCUCAGGCAUGGAUGAAUAAAUAUUGUCACUGUGCAUUUGUCUAGCGUUUUCUUGUAAGCAUUGCCUGAUUUGUUCCUUCUGGGGCUUUGCCGUUAAAAUGUAUUUACAGAUUA